AUGACUGCUGUUGCACAACUCGCCCGCCCUUCCAUCCGGCGCUUCUCCGCGCAUCGUCCCCGCCCCGACACUCGUGCGGCCCGUGCUGUCACCAUGUCUUGCCUCGUGUCUGGCGUCGUGCUGCCCUUUGUACCCCCCGCUCUGGAGAGCUCCCGGCAAAAGAACUCGGGGUUGACUAGCAGCAAGCCGCAUCCGCCCCUCUGCUUCCAUGCUCGCUAG